UGUCUGCCAGCAUGGAACAUUCCAGUGCGUGUUCCGCCCGUGCCCGUCCAUGUGCACAGCCUAUGGUGAUCGCCACUACAGGACCUUUGAUGGUCUACUGUUUGACUACGUUGGAGCGUGUAAAGUCUACCUAGUUAAGGUACCAGAGUUACAUUUCCAGCACUCCAGUUCAUGCAUUUUUCCCCCUCAUUAUUUGAUAAUAAAAUGGGAGGAAUAAAUGCAACGCAAAAAAUCAGUGAAGGUAAGAUAUCCACGUAUAGAUGAAGGGAUUGAUGAACAGAGUGGUUUAGGGUUUAAUUUACUCAAUGUACUUUUUUCACACAUUUCGUAGGUUUUCAGUAGCACAGUUCUGUCCUGGGUUAGCUUGCUAUUUUCAUGUUAUUUUUCCCAUCCCACCUACAGAGCAGUGCUGAUCUGAUGAUGAGUGUGACGGCUGAGAACGUCGACUGUUACGACGGCGGCGCCAUCUGCAGGAAAUCUCUACUCAUCAACAUCGGUAGAUCUUUCAUUGCGUUCGACGACGACACUGGCAAACCAGUAAGUGCACGCUCCUGCUCCUGAACCUCACCAGGGUAACUUGCCGCUGGUGGUCCGACCAAGGCUGGCCACCGCUGGGAUGCCGCCCAGUUUCCACUAGCGGCCCGUUACUUGUUUGCUUACUUGGUUUCGAUAGGGUUAAUGUAGCCUGCAGUGUUAUAAGAAAUGUUUGAUGAAACAUUACAGAGAAAGGAACUACCCUUAACCCCUGACCCCUGAGACCCACUGAAUAUCACCUUACUGUUGUCACACCUUACCAAUUAUGGCACAAAUUUCACUUAUUUAAGACUACAUCAUUCAUGAUCCCUGUCCUCUUUCCUGUCCUCCAUCUUGUACUCUUCCCUGUCCUCUGCCUUGUCCUCUUCCCUGUCCUCCAUGAACAAUAAACCAUAAAGAAAUUAGGUUAAAAAAACACAGUGGGGGGCACUACCCCCGGACCCCCCCUGGCUCAUCUCAACCUGUUCAUCAAUAUUGAUCUGUCCAUUGUCUUGUUUCCUGUCCCCCGUCGUGUGUAGAACCCGUCCAGUGUGAUCGACUGGAGGCAGGAGCUGUUCGUAUGGAGCGCUGGGCUCUUUACCGUGGUCCAUGUUCCAGAGGAGGACCUGACCGUGCUCUGGGAUCGCAAGACCACGGUCCACAUCCAGGCUGGACCACGCUGGCAGGUCAGACACCAGGGUUGUUAGUGUCCCCAACGCUAGAAUAACACGGGCCCUGUCACUACAGAGCAGCUGCUGUCUCCUAUAGCAGUCUUUCUCAACCCAGUCCUCUGGAUCCUCCAAUCCAUCACACCUUAUUCAACAAAUCAAUUCAUCACCAAGCCCUUGAUUAGUACCAUCAGAUCACCAAGCCCUUGAUUAGUGCCAUCAGGUGUGCUGAAAUAGAUCCAAUAUACUAGCUUCAUUCUUACUGAACUGAGCUGUGAUUAGGGUGAUAUUAACGGGAAUACUGCGUUCAGAGCAAGCUGAGCGGUCUGUGAUUGGUGUAAUAUUAAUGUGAAUACUGUGUUCAGGGCAAGCUGAGUGGUCUGUGAUUGGUGUAAUAUUAAUGUGAAUACUGUGUUCAGGGCAAGCUGAGUGGUCUGUGAUUGGUGUAAUAUUAAUGUGAAUACUGUGUUCAGGGCAAGCUGAGCGGUCUGUGAUUGGUGUAAUAUUAAUGUGAAUACUGUGUUCAGGGCAAGCUGAGUGGUCUGUGCGGGAACUUUGACCUGAGGACGGUCAAUGAGAUGAGGACACCAGAAAACAUAGACUCUGCCACGCCUCAGGAGUUUGGCAACAGCUGGACGGCAGCAGAGGCAAGUUUCAAAACCCCCACUGUCUAUUCUCAUUGGAUAGUGUGUCUGUGUGUGUCUGUGUGUGUCUGUGUGUGUCUGUGUGUGGGUGUGCGUGCGUGUGCGUGCGUGUUCAUCCAUGAUACAUGUGUGUAUUGUCAGUCUUCUAAGGUCAGAUAUGUGUGUGUGUUCAGUGUGUUAACAGCCCAGACAUCAGACACCCCUGCAGCCUGAGCCCCCUGAGGGAGCCGUUCUCUAAGAGGCAGUGUGGAGUCCUGCUCAGUGAGGUCUUCCAAGUCUGCCACCCG